ACAAGAUUGACACUCAUCGAGAACAUUGCACAAUCGCCAAAGGUAAUUAUGUCUUCAAGCGUCGAACACAUUUGCCUUAUCGGAGCCUUCUUUGGGGCUCUUUGGCUCUUGUACAAAUUUCUCUUACCAGGAACUCUUCUAUGGAAACUCGUGGGGACCGGCCGCAAGUUGCCCCCUGGGCCGCCGGGACUGCCGGUGUUCGGCAAUAUGUUUCAAUUCACAAAGGCUCGCGAUGCGGGAUUAUGGGCCCCCUUUCUCGCAUCUCUCCGUAAAUAUGGAGCCAUGACCACGUUACGCAUGGGUUCCCAGACCUGGGUGGUGCUCAACGAACCCCAGGUGGUCACCGACCUCAUCAACAAACAUGGAAAGAUCACUAACGAGCGCCCGGAGAUGCCCAUCGCCAGCGACUUGGUGAGUCAUGGCUUACGGACUGUCCUCCGUCCUACAGCAUCGUGGACGGAGGGGCGACGGGUGAUGCACCAUCUGCUCAGCGGAUCUGUAUUGCGCAUUUAUGGCAACUGGCAAGAGAUCGAGUCGCUGCAGAUGCUUUCCGCAUAUGUUCGUGAGCCGACGCGGUGGUAUGCGCAUCACUAUCGCUAUUCCAUCGCGGUGCUGUACCGACUCGUCAUGGGCGAGAACCUUGAUAAGACCCAGUCCGAACUGGAUGACUACCAGCAGGUCACGAUGGAGUUUACCUUGAGCCUGCUCUGCAGCUUCGUCGACUACUUCCCCAUAUUGAGCCGCUUAGUACCCACUCCAUUGCAGUGGUGGCGGCACUUUUGGGUGAAGAUGGGGGACUUUCACCACCGAGUCUUCAAGGCCUGGUGGGAUCCUAUCCGGACUGCAGUGCAAGAAGGCACCGCCAAACCCGGGUUUGUUCGAGAUACUCUCCUCCACCCGGAGAUGAGGUAUAAGGGUACGGAAGAGGAAGCCAUGUACCUCGCCAACUCAGUCAUUGCAGCUGGCAGCGACAAUACUCGGAUGACGCUUAACACUUUCAUCAUGGCCAUGAUCAGCCAUCCGGAGACAAUGGCCCGGGCUCGUAAAGAGAUGGACGCUAUCUGCGUGGGCGAAAACGGUGCUCUGCGUCUGCCUGGCAUGGCCGACUUUGACCAGCUGCCCUACCUCGCUGCAAUAGUGAAGGAAGUCCUCCGCUGGCGACCCACCACGCCCGUCACCCCGCAGCAUCAGCUUACCGAGGAUCUCGCAUAUGAGGGCUAUCGUUUCCCAAAGGGGACCUGCUUUGUCAUUAACGAGAUUGCGCUGAGCCAGCAAUGCGAGGAACCUGAUUGCUUCGACCCGUCGCGGUGGCUCGACGGGAAUGAGAGAAAUAUCACCCAUGGUUUGUGGGCAUUCGGUGGUGGGCGUCGCAUAUGUGUCGGAUAUAGGGUGGCGCAACAAGCCUUGUAUAUUGCCAUGGCGAGAAUCAUAUAUUGCUUCGACUUGAGCUCGGAUGGGAGCGUCGAUACACGCAAACUCAACCACUUCUGCCUUGACAAGCAACCUUUCCCGGUUAAGGUGACUGUGCGCAGCCCCGAGCACGAGCGUCUCAUUCAGCAAGAAGCAGCUAAGGCGGGCAAUGUGUUUUGAUGGCGGAACUGGUGGACUCUGUCCCUUGACAUGGGGUGAAACGGUCUGUAUGCUGUUGUAAAAAAUCAAGAUUUCUUCUUGGUUCACUAUUAGCUCAGUCUGAUAUCAAUAUACCCCAGAUAAGCAC